CUUGUUAGUAGAUUGUGACGAAAGUGAGGUCAAAGUGGAUCGUACGCGUGUGUUUGUUGCUCCGUGCCUGCAGUGAAAGCUUGCUUGCUUGUUACUUGUAAGGGUUUCUUCGUGGAUGUUGUGUCAAAUUGUUGUCAUAUAAUGUCGUGACUGGAUAAGCUACUGACUUUGUGCUAUAAACAAGACUUAUAUUUAAAGAUUUUUCGUGGAUCACUCGUGAGUUUCCUGUCCUGCAAAGGAUUUUUUUCCCCCCAAUAGUUGCUAGUCAUGCGUGGUUGCUCGUUAACUAACUAGCUACCAUAGUUGGGAAAUGUCUCGUGUGAGGAGGCAAGGUUAUUUGGUUAGCUAACGAAAGCUAGAUGUUCAGAAGUUCAGCUUUAUCAUAAAGCAUGUUAAACUUAGCAUCAAGUCGAGACUUAAGAAAUGCUGACAGUCCAAGCAUUGAUAGGGAGUCCACGGGUGUUGCGUUUCAAAAGUAACGCUGUUGCGGUUUUCAUCAGGUUGGCUUUACAAGUUUACAAGGAUACGGUUAAUGAUGAGCGAAGAGUCAGAGAAAACACUGACCAUGCCACUGAAACGAGUGGAAGAGGGAAAUGGAGAUUCUGGUGAGAAUGGGCACAUCAGAAAGAAACUUAAGUCUGAUGUAGAAGAUACUGGUGAUGAAAGGAAACAUCCCAAAAGAAAAGUAGUCCUGCUUUUGGCAUAUUCAGGCAAAGGGUACUACGGGAUGCAGAGAAAUGCUGGUUCCUCCCAGUUCAAAACAAUUGAAGAUGAGCUGGUCACAGCACUGAUUAAGUCUGGGUGUAUCCCAGACAACCAUGGAGAUGACAUGAAAAAAAUGUCAUUCCAAAGAUGUGCGAGAACUGACAAGGGUGUUUCUGCAGCAGGUCAAGUGGUCUCUCUAAAACUGUGGAUGAUUGAAGACUUAAUGGAAAAAAUCAACUCCAAUCUUCCAACUCAGAUUAGAGUGCUGGGUCUGAAACGAGUCACAGGAGGCUUUAAUUCCAAAAACAGCUGUGACGCCCGCACAUACUCGUACAUGCUCCCCACUGUGGCCUUCGCCCCAAAGAGCUACAACACCAAGAAUUCCACUGCAUUCCGCCUCGACCCAGAGACACUGCAGAGAGUAAAUCGUUUGUUUGCCAGUUACAAGGGCACUCAUAACUUUCACAACUUCACCUCUCAGAAGGCAGCACGAGACCCCAGCGCCCGCCGCUACAUCACAGAAAUGUCCUGUAGUGAGCCUUUUGUGCGCAGUGGCACAGAGUUUGCUGAAAUUACUGUGCGUGGUCAGAGCUUCAUGAUGCACCAGAUUCGGAAAAUGAUUGGCCUAAUAAUAGCUGUUGUGAAGGGCUAUACAGGGGAAGAGGUUUUACAGCGAAGCUGGGGUGAGGAGAAGGUGGAUGUCCCCAAGGCCCCUGGAUUGGGUUUAGUGCUUGAGAAGGUCCACUUUGACAGGUACAACAAGCGCUUUGGUGGGGAUGGCCUCCAUGAGUGUCUGGAGUGGACUGAAGAAGAGCAGGCCAUCAUGGCCUUCAAGGAGGCGCAUAUCUACCCAAGCAUUGUAGAAACAGAGUGCCUGGAAGAUUCCAUGGUGAACUGGAUGGCUACACUGCCUAUCCAUGACUUUGAGGCCACUGCAACAGGAGCUCAAGUUAAGGAUAGGGGUCAAGAUGAUGAUGAGGAGGGUAAUGGAUCAGAUUCUGCACUUUGAAUAUACAUAUGUGAAUAUACAAGUGUUUCUGUGCUGUAGGCCCUCUCUCAAGAAUUAUUUUUGUUUUGCCACUUAUGUACUGGACAAUGGAGACGUUUUGAAUAAACAUUUCUUUUAAACCAUG